AUGCCCUCUCAACCCCCACUACCGCCCCUCCUCACCCCAUAUCUAUCAUCCCAACCAGAGUCUUCUUUGACGCUGGUCUCUUCAAUUCUUGGCGCAACAUCCAAUUGGCUAGUCCUGAGAUACCUAUACUCAGCCCUCAGCGCCUCGAAUAGCUCCAAUGCCGCUUUAGGCUUUGGCGAAUCGCACGAUAGUGCGAAGAAGAAGGUUGUUCUUGUGAGCUUCCUGCGGGGUUGGGAAUUCUGGAGAGCAGAAGCAAAGCGAUUGGGCUUGGAUCUCGCACGAUUGGCAGAUAAGAAAGAAUUUGCUUUUGUGGACGGGUUAUCUGAAUUAUUUUGCCCCCCACAAACAGCAAAUACUGCUUCUAGUCCGUCUCCCAUCAACGCAGGUAUUCCUGCACGCACAGCGCUUCCUCUUCGGGGACCCCCUGGUGCCGUGCCAGGAAGAGGCCCGCCUUCCGCCGUACCAACACCCAGAAAUGAGAAUGUGGCACGAAGCCCAACCGAAGUGAGCGCUGUUAAGAAACUGCAUUUCUCUGGUCGUGGCACCGCAGCUUUAGAUGUCAUGGAAAAGGACAUCAUUGCCGUCGUCGAGAGACUAAAGGCUACCAAUGAAGAAGGCGAAGAAGUCCUACUCAUUAUCGACCAACCGGACUUCCUUCUCGCGGCCACAGGCACAAGUAUGGGGAUCGGAGCUACGGAAAUGAGCGAGUGGGUCACGGGUCUACAGCAGACCGUUCAUUCUACAGUACUGACACUUGCGGCUGAUUCCCCGCUGAUCCACAAUGCAUCCGCCUCUGCAAACCAGGGAGCUACACCGGUGGAAGGGGAACAUGCAGCUUUUGCUAUUGGGUUGGCGCAUAGGGCAGAUUUGGUCAUGCAACUCCGGACCCUGGAGACUGGAGCCGCGAGGGACGUGAGCGGGGUGUUGAGAAUCAGUCGAGGUGGCGGAUUGGGCUCUGGUGCGAAUGGCUUGGACGAGAAGGAGCUGCUGUACUAUAUCCAGCGAGAUGGCGGGACCACAGUCUUUGGGCGUGGAGAAUCCUGA